CGCCUCAAACUGUUGUGGUUAACGAUACUCUAGACGUCUCUCAUCACAGCUAGCUUGACGGUAUCCACCCCUAAUGUCUCAACAACCGCAGCAGACGGUGCCCUCCGCCCCAGACUCCCCUGCGCUGGUGGUCACCAGUAACGUGCAGAAAUAUGCCAUCAAGAAGAAGAAGGUCCUGAGUGCUGAAGAAACGGAGCUGUUUGAGCUGACCCAGGCUGCGGGGAUCACUGUGGACCAGGAGGUCUUCAAGAUCAUAGUGGACCUGUUAAAGAUGAAUGUGGCUCCUCAAGCAGUCUUCCAGACUCUGAAGGCAAUGUGUGCAGGCCAGAGGGUGGCUGAGAGCGGCGGCGAGUCUUCAGCUGCCUCCCACACCACUAGCAUCACCACAGCACCUACAGAGGCCAGAGCAGUGCGCAGCAAAGCUGCAGCGAGCCACAGCGACAGGAGCCGAGAGGCGUCCAGCCAGCGAGUGCAGCGGCAGCCCAGCGCCACCAGAGGGCAGAAGACCAAGAGCUCCGGCAGCAGCAGUUCCUCCUCGCAGAUAAACUCCACAUAAGACUCAGGUCAAUAUGAGAGCAUUUGUAAAUAUGUUGUUUUCUUUAUAGUUAAUUUAUCUGUCGGUUAAACGAAAAUUAAACAAAAUAACAUGUUUUCUUACUGAUGGAAUUUUGGUUUUCUGAAGAUGACUGUUGCCUCUCCCUCAGUGAAUGCUACUUACAGCACUGAAAACAUACAUUUUAUUUAUAGAGUCAGUUACAAAGUUCUUUACAUGAUUGAAUCGAGAUUAAAACAAAUAUGCUGUCAUACAAUUUGAGGACCUAUUCAGCCCCAUUUUUAAACGUGUGCUUGUUUCAAUUGUGACCAAUUGGCACCAUUAAACGCAUGCUGAAUUUGCUGUUAGCAGUGAGCCCAUUGAUAUAUAGAUAACUCUCACUGGAUUACUUAGAUACUGAGCAAGACUGAAAAACGUGAUGUUUCUCAGGCAAGUUCUGGACUUAUGAAGAGUUUUUCUCUGUUUCGGAUAAUUGGCACACCCCACUGUGAACUUUCACAGAUAUGUGAAAACCUUGCAAAAUAAAAUUAAAGCUACCGGCAUGACGAGAUAGAUGUCGCUGAUGUAAGGAAACAUGCAUACUUGUUGUUUUAUAAUUUGGGUAAACAUCCUGUCAGAGUGUGGCUUCACUCUCGUGCUGGCAAACGUUACUGUAAGCGAGCAAAGCCUUUUAUUUGGUUGCCAUGUAACUUUAAAGAGAAGAACAAAAAAAAUAGAUUUUUUUACCGAAAAAUGAAAAUGUCUGUAUUCAAUGUGCCACUUUUUAUACAAUGAUUCAUCCUGAAU